AUGAGGGUCCACCCGGCCCCGCGGAAGCGCACCAUCGCCGUGCAGCGCUGCGCCACGGCGGCGGCGGGCGCGCUAGGCGGGAAGAAGCUGCGCCGCCUGCCGCACAUCUUCGCCAAGGUGCUGGAGCUGCCCUUCGCGGCCGACGCGGACGUGUCCGUGGAGGAGGACGCGGCCGCGCUGCGGUUCGUCGCCGCCGUCGUCGACGGGUUCUCCCCCGCGGGCGGCGCCCGCGCGCACGCCGUCGAGAUCCACCCGGGGGUCACCAAGGUCGUCGUCCGGGGCCUCUCCUCCUCCCACGGCGGCCCUCACGGCGACGGCGACGACGACGACGGGGCCGCCGCCGCCUUCGAGCUCGACCGCUGGCGCUUCCGCCUCCCGCCCUGCACGCGCCCCGCCAUGGCCACCGCCACCUACGCCCAGGGCGAGCUCGUCGUCACCGUCCCCAAGGGCGCCGGCCCCGACGACGGCGACGGCGAUGCGGCCGCUGUCUGCGGUGGCACGGACCGCGUCCUCGUGCUUGUAUAG